AAAGAGUAUCUGCUUGUAUUACGAAGUCACGCUGGGUACUGGCGAUAACAUCUGAUACAUGUGCAAGAUUUGGGCAGAAGGUGAGGGCGCAGCGGGGGGCGGGGAGAACCGCGCUGCAGGCCGAGCCCUGCUCAGAACGUCCUCUGAUGCCCUCAACUGCCUCUCCUCUCUACUGGUCUUGGUCCUGCCCCUGGGCCUCAGGGGGCGGAACCAGAUCCUGGCUAUGGCUCUGACUACCAUAGUGCAUGACACAUCUGAGGCAGUGGAGCUGUGCCCCUCUUAUGGCCUGUACCUGAAGCCCAUCACGAAGAUGACCAUCAGCGUGGCCCUUCCGCAGCUGCAGCAGCCUGGGAAAUCCAUCUCCAACUGGGAGGUGAUGGAGCGGCUCAAGGACAUGGUGCACAACCACCAGUUCUCCACACUGCGCAUCUCCAAGAGCACUAUGGACUUCAUUCGUUUUGAGGGGGAGGUGGAGAACAAAAGCCUGGUCAAAUCAUUCCUAGCCUGCCUGGACGGUAAGACCAUUAAGCUCAGUGGCUUCUCUGACCUCCUAAAGGUGCACGCCACUGAGUUCAAGAUGGACUUCCCCACCCGUGGUGACUUGGACUUCUCUCUCAACGCAAAGGAAGGGAAUGAGAUGCUGCUGGGGGAGUGGCCAGACACCAUCCAUCUAGAGGGGCUGCCCUGCAAGUGGUUCACCCAGAAGGAAUUAGGCUCAGAGAAACCCAGCCAGGAGGUACUCGUCAAGGUGUUUGAGAAGUUCGGGGAGAUCAGGAAUGUGGACAUCCCCAUGUUGGACCCCUACCGCGAGGAGAUGACCAGUCGAAAUUUCCACGUGUUUGGUUUCGGGGGACCCUUGAGCUUUGAGGCUUACGUACAGUACUGCGAGCAUGGGGGCUUCCUUCAGGCCAUGAGUGCUUUGCGUGGGAUGAAGCUAAUGUACAAAGGGAAGGAUGGUAAGGCUGUGGCCUGUAACAUCAAAGUUUCUCUUGAUUCCACCAAACACCUGGGAGAAGCUUCAAUUAAAAAACGACAGUUGGAAAGACAGAAGCUUCAAGAGCUGGAGCAGCAGCGAGAACAGAAGCGCAGAGAGAAGGAAGCGGAGGAGAGGCUGCGGGUGAAGGAAAGAAAACUGAAGGAGCUGGAAGAACUGGCAAGAGAGAGGAAGGGGGGAGAGAAGAUUCACAAAAGACCGCAAAAGCAGAGGGGCCGAGAGUUCUGGAGAAGUCAGAAGCAUCUAGAGAGGCUUCAGGCAGAAGAGCAGAAAAAGCUCCACAGGAUCAAACUGGAGGAGAGGAAGCUGAGGCUGGUUCAGAGGAACCUCCAGUCCAUCCGGCUUUUGGUGGCGCUGCUGAGCAGAGCCAAAGCUGCAAAGCUGGAGAAACAGGAGCAGAAGGAGCUGAGGCAGGGGGAAAAGGAGCAUAAGAUGCAGGUGCAGCAGCGGACCUCCCUGCUGUGCAAGCAGCCCCAUGACACACACCUGCACAAAGACCUGCUGCAGCCCAAGCAAGAGGUUCUGCAGACCACUUCCGGCAGCUCCAUCUCCUGUGCAGCCAUGCUCCACCCCCCUGGGGGCCCACUGGCUCCCAGAACCCCCAAGGAGGCCCUGCCCCAGCCCCAAGUGCACACUGACUGCACACCCAAGGACAUGACAGGCAGCAGAACAGCCAAAGUCAGGUACAAGGAGGCUCUGGAUCCACUCUGUGUGGUUCUGGAGGGUGACUCCCUGGAGAAGAGGUACCCGGGGAUUCUCGCCCAAAUCCCCAAGGACAGCAAGCAUGCCAGGGGUGUUCCUGCCUGCGACCACAGUGUGCCCAAGGAGGAAGACCAGCUGAAGAGAGUCAAGAGUAAUUGGGAGCCUGGCAAAGUCCAUGUGUCAGCCACACAGGUCAGGAGAGCUCACCAGCCACCCCCAGCAAACACAAGCUGGUCCAGAACUGCAGCUAACAGUGAAGACUCAAGGCUGCAGCGCAAGGAGCAGCGGCCACGCCAGAAGCUCUCGUGCAUGGACGGGGACAGCCCUGACCUGUGGAAGUCCCACAGCAAAGGCCAGCGCAGCAGCAGGGAGAGGAGCGGAGGGUGCAGCCGCCACCAUGAGAACUCCCAGUCCCCCCGCAGCCACCAUGGAAUCACAAACAGGUAAUGAAGGGCUGGGCCUCCCAGCAUCCUGUGCCUCUUGCCUGUCAGCAUGAAAGCCAAGUUUCUUAUGCAGCCAGUGUCCCAGGAACCCAAGACCACAGUUCACCAUAAGACCGGGGACCAGAAACUCAUUCUCAUUAGCCACACACACAAGGCGCAUUGGGCACCGCUAAUUUUAAUUUUCUUUUGAAACUGCUGAUCAGACAAUGUGGCCCAUCCUCUAGUCAGGGAAAUCACAAAGAGGAACACUGGUGAAAAUGAAGACCACGGAGUGCAAUUUGUGUUCGCAAGCCAAGGCCAGUGAUGUGCUGCAGCUGAAGUGGGGGACUAUGAGA